AUGAAUUCGUCGACAGCGUCGUUUUCGCCGAAGGACGACGCCCUCUUUUCGACCCUCCUACCCGUCCUUAUUCAGUGCUUCGGCGUUAUCCUUCUGGGCUACUUUGCGGGAAAAUUCAAAGUCCUAACCGAGGCCCAAGUAAAGGGUCUGGGCACCUACGUCACAAAAUUCGCCCUUCCCUCCAUAUUUUUCUCUGUAAGUCGUUUUCUCCCCUUCCUUCAUUUGGCUGAGAAAUUGUGGGUACUUUUUCUGACGUGUACAGUUCGUAAAACACUCCUUUGCAUUGUUGUGUCUAUGAUAAAUAUGAAUUUGAAAAGUACUUUAAACAAACAGCUGUUUUCGAUCUGUCUUAUCAUCACGCCUUUAUAG